AUGAUAACUGACUGUGAGUAUGGCAACAACACCACAGACAUGGUCUUCUUUGUGAAAAAUGUAUUUAACCAGAAGCUUGUCACCAUGUAUGACUCCAGAGUUGGAAAGUAUGUCGGCUUUGGAGAAUAUGGCAUGAUAAACGCUGACCAUUAUAACAGCCAGGCUUGGAAAAUGGCUUUAAGAAAACGUCAAGUGGAGACCCUUUGCAGAUACAACGCAAGAUUGUUUAGAAAGAGCACACUGGAUAGAAAAGUGCCUCCAAUUGUCAAGGUCCAUCAGACCAAGCCAGCUGACUACGGGGAACGGUCCAUGCUUGAGUGCAGAGUUCUGGGUUUUUUUCCUCAGGAAGUGAGAGUGAGCUGGCUAAGAGACGGGGUGGAAGUCACCACAGAUGUGUGGUCUACAGAUGUCAUGGCCAAUGGGGACUGGAGCUUCCAGCUUCACUCAUACCUGGAGCUGACACUCAGAAGAGGGGAGAGGGUGAGCUGCAAGGUGGACCACAGCAGCCUGAGGGAGAGCCUGGAGGUGGACUGGGACACCUCUCCACUGGAUACCAAGUACCUGAAGAAGACAGUUGGGAUCAUCUUCUUCUUUAUCGGCUUCACAACAGCUGCUGCUGGAGCUGCUUAUUAUAGGUGGAAACAGAGGUUUGACUUCACUCCAUUAGUCGGACAAGGACAAACACCUCAACGUCGUCUUUCAGAGUUGUAA